AUGUUAGAUCCAUUUGAUCAGAAGAAACAACUCAUUCUCAAAGAAAUAGGUGAUGAUACUUCCGUCACCAAAGACCUUUCACCUAAAGGAAGCAUAGAUGAACCUUGUAUACCGAUCAUAAAUCUUAUAAAUGCUCAUCCUAAUAUGGUGACUACCUCAUCAUGUUCAGGAAGAGUUAGUGUAUUCAUUGAAGGUAUUAAAGAUAGAGAAAAAAUUGGAUCUAAAGGUAACCAAGGACAUUGGAUUUAUGUGAAUCAUCAUCCAGAUAUUGAAAAUUGGUACAAAACCAUCGAUUAUAAAAUAAAUACCCAAUCAACACCUACUAAUGAACUCACAAGAUACAUUUUAUAUAAAUUUGAACCAUUGAUUCUACAUGUGAAAUGUAGAGAUCUUGACCUGGCAAAUGAAUUGUAUAAAGUAGCCAUGUCAUGUGGAUUCAGAGAAUCAGGUAUUGGAACCAAUAAUAUUGUUGCCAUAAGAAUCUCCAUCAAAUUAGAUAUACCUAUAGGAUACUAUGACGAAGAGGUUGUGUUCAACGUAGAUGAGACAUAUCUUGAUUUCGUCACCAAAUUGGCUAAAGAUAGGUUUACUGAAAACUUCAGGAAACUUGAUCAACUUUAUGAUGCCAUUAAAGUCAUGGGGGUAGUAGAGAAAAAAGUCGUGGAAACCAAAGAAGAAAGAAGAGAGAGAAAGAUAAGGGAAGGAUUAGCUAAACAAGCACUUAAGAAGUCACAGGAGUAA